AAAUCCAAUAAGGCAAUAACCAAACCCACCAUCUCUCUGUCUCUCUCUCUCCUUACAUCGUCAAUCGGAGAGCUGACCGGUAAAACCAGACAAAGAAGAGAGAGAGAGAGAGCGCGCGCAUUAAUGCUGUGAAAAGGGAGAAGAAUUUCAGAGAAGAUCAACGAAAAAAUCAUCUCGAUCUUUUCCCUUUUCAAUACUUCAUCUUCUCUCAUUUUACAGGAAAACCCCCAAAUUUCAGAACCCUAAAAUUUCCGAUCACAUUCAAUUGGAUAAGGGGACGGAUUAAAUGUUUCUCCCUUUUGAAUCUCUUAUUUGAUGCGCCGACCUAAUGCUCGACCUCCCACGCCCGAAUCUGAAUCUAAAUCCGACCCAGAUCCCAAAAUGGAGCCCCUUUCUAUCAAAUCGUUUCAAUUCAAACAAAAUUCUAGUUCUAGGUCUAAUUCCUUUUCUAAAACCCUAAAAAACCAACCUAAGUCGAAUUUUCUUACAAUUUCCUUGAUUUCAGUUGCAUUUGCUGUUGUUUUUUACCUGUUGUUUGUCAUUUUCCGGCAUAAAUCCCCGGUUGAUGGGAGGAAAUUCGGAAUUAUAAUCGAUGGGGGGAGUACUGGGUCCAGAAUUCAUGUUUUUGAGUAUAGGAUUGAAGGUGGGGUUCCCAAGUUUGAUUUUGGGCCAAAUGGGCAUUCGUCGAUGAGGGUUAGUCCUGGAUUGUCGUCAUUUGAGGAUGAUCCGGAGCGAGCCGGUGAGUCAUUGCUGGAGCUCUUGGAUUUUGGGAAGAGGAUGGUGCCUAAGGAGUUGUGGGGGGAUACUGAGGUUAGGUUGAUGGCUACUGCUGGGCUUCGGUUGCUUGAUUUGAAAAUUCAGGAUCGGAUUUUGGAGUCUUGCCGGAGACUUCUGAGGUCGUCGGGUUUUAAGUUUCGUGAUAAUUGGGCGUUGGUGAUCACAGGCUCAGAUGAAGGUUUGUAUGCUUGGGCUGUGGCUAAUUAUGCACUUGGUACUCUUGGAGGCGAUCCUCACUUAACAUCUGGUAUCAUUGAGCUUGGUGGGGCUUCUGCUCAGGUCACAUUUAUCACAAGGGAGUCGGUGCCUCCUGAGUUCUCUCGUUCGCUUGUAUAUGGGAAUGUUACCUACCAUCUCUACAGCAACAGCUUGCUUCACUUUGGUCAGAAUGUUGCCUUUGAUUCGCUGAAGGAUUUACUUGUUUCGAGUGGCGUAAAGUUGGCUACUGAUACUCCUAACAGGGAACUAACUAUCGAUCCUUGUACUCCUAAGGGAUAUGCCCAGAGCAUGAAUUCAUUAAACCUUUCUCCCGAUUCUUCGGCCAAAAAUUAUUUAUCCACUUUCCAUGCUGCUGGGAACUUCUCAGAGUGCAGAGCUGCUGCCGUGAAGCUGUUACAUAGAGGCAAAGAGGGUUGUGCCUAUCAUCAUUGCAGCUUGGGUACCACAUUCAUGCCUAAGCUGCACGGCAGAUUCUUGGCUACUGAGAACUUCUUCCACACAUCACAGUUCUUUGGCUUGUCUCCAAAGGCAGUUCUCUCUGAUAUAAUGGAUGCUGGUCAACACUUUUGUGAAGAAAACUGGUCAAAUAUUCGAAAGAGAUACUCUUCCCUUGCAGACGAAGAUAUCUUACAUUACUGCUUCUCUUCUGCCUACAUUGUGGCUCUUUUGCAUGAUAGCCUCGACAUUGCCUUGGACGACAGAAGCAUUGGAUAUACCAAUAAGGUGGAUAAUGUCCCUCUCGAUUGGGCGUUGGGUGCUUUCAUCUUACAGACAACGGCUGCUACCAAUGGAGCAAACCACGGGUGGAUGGCUUCUCUAACCAGCGACUUCCCUAACGUUUUCUUGAUUGUGGGUGUGGCAUUCUUGUUGAUCUUUACAGCUUGUUAUGCUUCUCAUUGGAGGAAACCAUACUUGAAAACUAUUUAUGAUUUGGAGAAAGGACGGUACAUAGUGACACGAAUUAAUAGGUGAUGUUCAUAAUUCUUACUCAGCGACAAUUCAAAUUCCUUGCCUUGUCGGCUACAGAACGAGGGAAUCAAAUCAAUCUGUCAAUUUGGGUUCCUAAUAUAAAUCUUUCACCAAGGUAUCCUGGCGACGUGUCUGUGGGAUAGGAGAUGAGUCAUGACAGACAGGCUUCCUUUGAAGGUAAUUAAGAUUUAAGAGUACAUUCUUGAGAGGAGGAAGAGAGUUGGUCCCAGAUUUUCUGGCAUAGCAUUUAGUACAUCCUCAUAUUUUGUCUGUAUAUUAUUACCUCUUCAUGUAAAGUAGGGUGCGAGCAAAAGCCCUCUUGGUGCAGAUACUAAUACCUAUGAUCAAUCGAGUUGAUAUGUAGUCCUGGAACUAAGCUAAAGCUUAAGCUUGCAGUACUCAGAGUACAGUUGUGCAAUUCUUUGAGAAGCAUUUUAUGCACUUAUUUUAUAUUUAUUCUUAA